AUGACGAAUCCAGCUACCGGCAUCCACCAGAACGUCGUUCCUUCUGAAGUCGGCUGGCAGUUUGUUCCUCAAUACUAUACCUUUGUCAACGAACAGCCCAAUCGUUUGCACUGUUUUUACACUAAAACCUCCACUUUCAUUCAUGGUACAGAGGGCGAGGAUGGGAAGCCGUGUUUCGGUCAACAGGAAAUCCAUAACAAGAUCACCUCGAUUGGAUUCCAAGACUGCAAAGUCUUCAUCCAUUCGGUUGACGCCCAGGCAUCAGCUAAUGGCGGUAUUAUCAUCCAAGUCAUCGGUGAGAUGUCCAACCGUGGUGAGCCCUGGCGCAAAUUCGUCCAGACGUUCUUCUUGGCGGAGCAGCCCAACGGUUACUUCGUCUUGAACGAUAUCUUCCGUUUCCUCAAGGAAGAUACCGUGGAAGACUCAGACGAUGCGGCCCCGGGUGAGGCGACGCCUGCCUCAGCUCCCUCGUCGGUUCCAACCUCCGAGCCCGCUGCUCAGCAGGAAGAACAGCCCGUGGUACAGCUCCCCGCAGCGGCACCUACAGAUGUCGCAGAGCCAACGUGGUCGGCGGUCAAUGCUUCUUAUGCUGAUGAGCCGAAACCUGAGGAGAUCCGGGAGCCUUCACCAGCUCCUCCUGCUCCUGCACCAGUGGAAGAAGCUUCUCCUUCGCCUGCUCCAUCUCCCGCUCCCGUCCCGGCAGAAGUCGUUCCUCCAAAAGUGAAUGGCGUCUCUGAGCACCACCCAGAGCCAACGCCAGCACCUGCCGUCGUCGAGAAAUCCCCCACUCCUCCACCAGCUCAGCCCGAACCACCUGUUGUCGAAGUACCGUCGCCAGCACCACCAACUGUCGCUCCCCCACCAGCGCAAGCACCCCCAUCGCCCGCACCUCCCUCGCGCGCUCCGCCUCCCCAGCAACAACCUCCGGCCCCCACACCCGCUCCUGCACCACCUCAACCGAAGACUUGGGCCAAUUUAGCUGCAGCGAACUCGAAGAAAUGGGGUUCCGCCGUGGCUCAAGAGGUCCGUGGAACGACUGAGGUUCUGGCGCCCACUGCUACACCGAGUCCUGGUCCUGCGAACGGUGCUCAGUCACCAGUCACUCCGUCGCGCGGCGGUCCACCUCAUCAAUACCAACGCGGCCCUAAAGGAGACCCCACGAGUAUCCUUGCGUCGAUCACCACUCCGUCAUGCUUCGUGAAAGGUGUGAUCGACCUUGUCUCCCAGGCUACGCUCUCCCAGGUUCUGACCACGCGCUUCGGGCCGAUCAAGGAGGUCGAGGUUGUCCACAGCAAAGCCUGCGCCUUCAUUGAGUUUCAGUCGGUGGACUCUGCGCGCAAGGCUAUCCUGGCUUCGCUUCCGUAUAGCCAGGGUGGUGAAGGAGGCAUCAGGAUUGAUGUUGGUACUGACAGCCCUGUAAGGAUCAACGUAGAGACCAAGAAGGAGCGGGGUGACAGGCCAGUGUCGCGAGGCCGCGGAGGUGGUAUGGGUAAUGGCGAUCGUGGUGGAUACGGUGGGGGAUACGAGAACCGGGGUGACCGUGGUGGAUACAGAGGCAGAGGAAGCAUACGGGGUCGCGGUGCGCCAGCUGGCGGAAAGUAA